UACAAGAAGCUAUAGCUCAAACAGCUCCCAAUCUAAUUGGCUGAUAUUGAGUCAGCGCAAACCCUUUAUUUACAUUUUUAAUCUCAAUUAAAAUGGUCUCUCCCAUAACCACCGCCGAGAAUACGCCAUCACCGGCAGCUGCCACUCGCCAGAUCCGAGCCCAACUCAAGUCAAUCCAGCCGCCUCUCUUCGAGCCUGACAAGCCGAAGAGGAAGAAGAAAAAAAGGCCAGCGCCUCCACCGCCGACUCAACCAGCGCCACCACCACCGACUCAACCACCAGCACCUCUCUCUCAACCUCCUCUCUCUCAACCUCCUCUCUCUCAACCUCCUCUCUCUCAACCUCGCAUCAUUCUCUCUGACAACCUGACGACAGAGAUCGAAAAGAGUGUCAGUACUGAGGAACAAUCAGUUGUUGAUCAUGCUAUUGAUCAAAAUGAUCCUUAUGAUGAGGAAACUGAUGCUGAGGAACAACCAGUUGUCGAUCAUGAUGUCCAUCAAAAUGAUCAAGAUGAUGACAAUGAUGUUGAACAACAACUUUCUGAUCAUGAAGGUGAUUUACCUGAUCCUCCUCAGCUUAUCGAACUGAGUGAUCAGAGGCUUCGUUCAGCAAAAGCUGGCGAAGCCGAUUAUCCUGUUGAUAGUUGGCUGAGGCGAGGGUAUGCCUACCAUCCCGGGCUAAAGCGCCGAGUCAUCGGUAAUUUGGUCCAACAGCGUCUAAUUUACUUAGACAAUGAGUUGGACUUACCUGAUAUGGAGCCUGAAGAGCUUGGUCCAAUCAAUGCCCCAGGUAGUGGUGAACACUACAGUUGGGCUGAGUUGGCACCAAAAGAGAUGGAGUCAGCGCGGGAAGAGGAAAAGAGGAGGAUAAGGAAGGAGAAGCGGACCGGGAAAUGGGGCGCUAAUCCCGAAACCCGGUGUCGUUUCUGUGCCAAAAUUUUCGCUCGUAAGGAUGUCGCCGACACCCACGAGAAAAAUGCUUGUAAAGCACCUGGUGCUCACAAGCAUGUUUGUGACCCAGGUGUUUGUCCAGAUCCAUGUAUUGGAUCUAGAGAUUGGGUCAGAUCCGUUGGCAAAAAACGCGGGCGAAAAGCCCGUAAAUAAAUUUUGCUAAUUAUUGUAAAAAAUUUACUUUAUUUAUAUUUGAUAUAUUUGAAAUUUUCGAAAUAUUUAGUCAUUAAAUUGACUCGAAAAAAGCUCUCUCGCUAAAGAAUCGUGAACUAAGUCUUUUGUCUUUGUUACAAUUUUUCUCUUCUUGUUCCUGAAUCUUUUCUGUUGGUCGAUAUUUCUACCGCUACCUUGUGAUCCAGCAGAAGGGGAGAUAGUUUUACCAGCAGUUGAUCGUAUGGCUGAGAGGGUAGGCUGCAUUGGAACAAUAAACUUUUGUAAUGAAUCAAGUUCAGCGAUUGAAACACAAGAAUUUACAAGCGAACAAAUCUCAGCGAUCAUUUUUUGCUUUCGCUCUUCCAGAGUACGCUUAACAUCAUUUGUGCUAGUUGGUAGAAGAUGAACAUGGGCCUCUGCUUUCUCGAUGUCUUGACUUGGCAUUUCCAAUUCAAGAUCAUCCUCAAGCGAUAUUUGAUUGGAUUCAUUCAUAGCAUCGGUCUCAUUCCGUUUCAUACCAAUGAAGUGAAUGUGCUUACACAUAUUCCCUUUAAUCAUAAAGUCGAAGCAUUCGCAUGAAACCUCACUUAUACAGAGAUCACAAGCUUGACAGUGUAUCAAACAUGAGCAAUCACUUUUCUUCUUAAUGGUGACGGUGUACAUAUUGAGCAGCUCA